CAGUCGGAAACGAGUCGUUCACAUUGUCCUUCACCGUUCAUGGGUCAGUCAGUCAGUCAGUCCACCAGAGAGUUCCUGACAGGGGUAUUUCAGGCGGUGCGUACUGUCAACAGACCUGUCCUGCUGGACAAGCAGCCUCUGGCGGGAGUCAUUUAACUCCCGCUGGUGUCUGCAGCCCCGCGUGGAGAGGCAAGUUGUCAGCACGUACCCUACUCGCCCCAAUUGCUCACUUGCCCACUCAGCCAUCCCAUCCCAUCCACACCACAGUGACUCGUCCCUCACUCAACUCACGUAUGGGAUGGAUGGAUGCUCCAAUGAAUGAAUGAAUGCACAUAUGACAUGCGCCAGGCCAGGACGCAUCGUCAAUCUACCAGCGAUCCAAAAAACACGAUGAAGGGGGGGCGGCAGGAGGGGGAGGGGAGGGGAGGGGAGGGGGGAGGCCUUACACACAUCGUGCAGCACAAUACAGUGCACACUCAAUCACAGCACUCUCUCUCAACGGACAGAAAGAAACAAAGCAAACUUGCCACCAUGUCCACACGCAGUGCCGGACGGGACGAGUGCAUUCAAGCCACGACAGCGCUCUGGGUGUGCGCGAGCAGAACGAGAAGAACUUCGAGACCGUUCGAGGCCUCAAGCCCUCCGUUUGUCUGCACCCUCACAGCACACCGCAGCUCCCGCACAGCACACGCGAGCAUUGCAGACAGACCGUGCAGUCGAUCACUCAAGUCGUCAAGUAAGAUAGAAAAAACAGCAGUGGUACACGGUGCCGGCAGGGCACCGCAUUCUUCUGCAGACACACAGUGAGAGCAAAGAUAGAUAGCUGAGCACAUGUGAGAGUAUGGGGGCCGUCAUUCUCUCACCUUGUAAAUGUGUCGUGUUGUGUGUUUAGAUGGAGUGCCGCUUGACCAGUAGGUCGCUCAUGGUGCUCAUCUUCUCAAACGCCGCCGUCAAGUGAUACACCCUCUCCAGCACCUGACCAUGACAACAACGCACAGCACACACACACACAGCCCCGUGUGUCUGUUUCCUUCCGCGUGUGUGUGGCGUCUGGCUCACCUCCUCGUUGUUGCUCCAGACAUCGAUGAGCGCCUGUCCGUAGCCGUCCUCUUUGCAGCCCUUCGCGGCCUCCAUUGCGCUGUCAUUGUUGAUGGCCUCCUCGAUGAGCUCCACAUCGUUGAAGUCAAAGCCCAGGUCGGCGAGCCGCUGUUUGGCCAUGGCCACCCGCUGCUCCUGCCUCUGGCGCUCCUCAUCGGCCAUCUCGGCCGAGCCCCAGCCCUCACGACCACUGGUGAUGUGAAACAUACCGCCUGAGCAGAUGGAAUGAAGAAAAAAUCCAUCAGAGACCCUCUGUGUGUGUACCAUGCAGGCAGCCAGGUGUCCCUACAGCGGAGUCGCAGCACGAGCUGGAGGUGCGCCAUGUGUUGGAUGUUGUAGUUGCCGAGGAGCUGGUCGUCCUUCAGUUGCGACCCAGCAAAGAUGAGCCGCUGCUGGUCCGGCGGGAUGCCCUCCUUGUCGUGAAUCUUGGCCUUGACCUCCUCAACAGUGUCGUACGCACUCACGUCCAGAACAAAAUGCUUUCCUGACACGACACAUGCACAAUAAGAGAGACACUACAGGUAUCUCCAGUGAUACAGAUGCUGGCCAUACGCACAUGUCCGUGUAUCUGACGAGUAUGUACCAGUCAGAGUGGUUAGAGUGAUUUGCAUGUCCUUGUCCUUGCACCGGCGCAACUCAGUGUCCUUGCCCACCAUGGCCUCGGUGACGUCGACCGCCUCAUGCUUGAGCUGGCUGGGCGCCGCCAUCUGAACGCCCACAAGUCAGUCAGCAAUGACAGGUAAUCGGAAUCUCCUGUGUGGGGGCAUGUGCUCGGCGUGGACAUACCUGCUUCUCGGGGGCCAUUCCUGCGAUGGUGGUGAGCAUGGCGGUGGGGCUGGCGCGCUGGACGGAGGGGCGGCCGAAGAUGGCGUCCACGCGCAAGUGCGAGUCGUCCAUGCGCUUCCAGGCCUCCUGCAGACGCCCCAGGGCGAUAGUGGACGAGAACAUGGUGCUGGUAGUUCCGGCAACGGGCAUCGUAUAUCGCUGAUACAAAUGGCGACAGAGAAAAGGCUUUUCCUGCUGGCACUCAACUCGAAUAUAUAUCUUCGUUGAGCCUAUUCCGUAUUCCGGAUCCUACGACAAGACGAGCAGUUUCCGGAUCC